AUGUCCGUCGGCGUCGCGCCCGCGCGAGCGGCGAGCGGGUUCCGGCGCGCGUGCCGCGGCGCCGCGCUCGAGCCCCGCGUCGUCGCCCUGCGGCCGCUUCCCGCGCGUCGACGCGCCGGCGUCGUCGCCCCGACCGCGCUGUUUACCGGUCUCGUGCAGGGCACCGCGGAGGUCAUCUCGUUCGACGACGUCGGCGACUUCGCGCGGCUGAAGCUGAAGUUCCCUCCGAAGACGCUGGACGGCAUCUUGAUCGGCGCGAGCGUCGCGUGCAACGGCACGUGCCUGACCGUCGUCGAGGUGGACGGCGACGUCGCGGGGUUCGACCUCAUCGUCGAGACGCUCCGCGCGACGAACCUCGGGGAGUUGAAGCCCGGAUCGUCCGUGAACUACGAGAGGAGCGCCAGGGUGGGCGACGAGAUCGGCGGGCACACCGUGAGCGGGCACGUCCACGCGAAGGCGACGAUCGUCGAGCAGGAGGACACGGAGAACAACCGCAAGGUGGUGUUCGAGCUGGACGAGAAGUGGAGCAAGUACAUCCUCCCGAAGGGGUUCGUCGCGGUGGACGGGUGCUCGCUCACGGUGGGGGAGACGUCCCCGGGGAGGUUCAACGUGUGGCUGAUACCGGAGACGAUUCGGCAGACGGUGUUCGCGGAAAAGUCCGUGGGGAGCACGGUGAACAUCGAGAUCGAGUCGCAGACGCAGACGAUCGUGGACACGAUCGAGCGCGUCCUCGCCGAGCGCGGGUUGUAGCUCUUCGGUCGUUUACGGUGUUGGCAUAUUCAUUCAUUCACAACUCGUCGUUUACAAACAAACAAAGACAUUCACUCC